UCAUUGAUAUGUCGCCUUCCUCAAUCUGAAAAAGGUUAAAAGCUACAAUCUAACAUUGGUUUUGUUUUUCUUCUAAUAUCUGGAUCCUCCGUCCUUCCCCACCAAGGCAAAAUGUCACAACUUUCAUUAAUCCCACCACGUGAUCACCUGGCUCCUCCACCGACAGCAGCAGCACCUACUCCUCUUCCUCCUCAUCUCCGUCAACAGUGCUGCCCCUGUCUCUGCCGCCACCACCAAUUACAAAAGAUUCAAAUAAGCUCCACAGUUUUACAACUCUCCAAACUGCCCUUCCAUUGGCACAGACGAUAUGUGUUCUGUUCAUGUAGCCAUGACCUUAGAUGCUGCCUACUUACGUGGCUCAAUGGCCGCCAUUUUAUCCAUCCUGCAACACACUUCUUGCCCUCAAAACGUCAUCUUCCACUUCAUUGCUUCCGCCACCACCGCACGAUCUCCCGCUCUUUUCCUUCCCACUUGUUCCAAAUCUACCUAUACGACUCAAAAGAAGUGUCGGGCCACAUUUCCACUUCCAUCCGCUCGGCGCUCGACUGCCCUCUUAACUACGCUCGCAUCUACCUCCCCAACCUCCUCCCUAUUUGCCUUCGCCGAGUAGUUUACUUAGACUCCGACCUCGUCCUCGUCGAUGACAUAACUAAACUCGCCGUGACACCGCUCGGAGACAACUCGGCUUUAGCGGCGCCCAAGUAUUGUUGAAAAGUCAACAAUGUAAGGCACCGAAAGU